ACCCCAUUGGGGCUCAGCCCCCCCCACGGGGCCUCGGACCCCCUGACCCCCCAUCGCCCCCCCCCCCCAUUUCCAGGGGGUCCGUACGGCGCCGUGGGGGUGGACGCUGCGUUCGAGCAGCUGCUGAGCCGCAUCUUCGGGGCCGAGCUGAUGCGCAGCUUCAAGGCGCAGCGCCCGGCGGCCUGGGUGGAUCUGAGCAUCGCCUUCGAGGCACGGAAACGAGCGGCCGCCCCGUCGCGCUGCGGCCCCAUCAACGUGUCGCUGCCCUUCUCCUUCAUCGACUUCUACCGCAAACAGCGCGGCCACAGCGUGGAGGAGGCGCUGCGGAGGAGCGAUGUGAAGCUGGUGAAGUGGUCGUCACAGGGGAUGCUGCGGAUGUCGGCCGAGGCCAUGAACGAGCUGUUCCAGCCCACGGUCAAAUGCAUCGUCCAGCACAUCGAGUCGCUCCUGCAGCGCCCCGAGGUUCGCGGGGUGAAGUUCCUGUUCCUGGUCGGGGGUUUCGCGGACUCUCCCGUCCUGCAGCGCUCGGUUCGGGCGGCGCUGGGCUCCCGGUGCCGCCUGCUGGUCCCGCACGACGCGGCGCUCAGCACCCUCAAGGGCGCCGUGCUCUUCGGCCUCGACCCCGGCACGGUCCGUGUCCGCCGCUCCCCGCUCACCUUCGGCGUCGGGGUCCUCAAUAAGUUCAUCGACGGGAAACACCCGGAGCACAAACUGCUGCUCAAGGACGGACGGCGCUGGUGCAGCGACGUGUUCGACAAGUUCGUGGCCGCGGAGCAGUCGGUGGCGCUGGGGGAGGUGGUGCAGCGCAGCUACUGCCCCGCACGCACCGGGCAGCGCAGAACCGUCAUCGAUAUCUACUGCUGCGACCGGGACGAUGUGACGUUCGUCACCGAACCCGGAGUCACCAAGUGCGGCACCGUCAGCCUGGAGCUGCCCGAGCUGCCCGGGGGGGACGGGGGGCGCAGGGAGAUCCGAGCCGCGAUGCAGUUCGGGGACACGGAGAUCAAAGUGACGGCGGUGGAUGUGAGCAGCGCCAGAACCGUGCGGGCCACCAUAGACUUCCUGACACCGUGAGGGGGAGGGGGGCGAGGGGAGGGGGUGGAACGGGAAUCUAUCUAUUGGGUUGUAUGGGGAGGAAGUUGGGCUGCCAGGUCUACCCAUUGGGUUGUAUUGAGGACUCUGAGCUGCCAGGUCUACCCAUUAUAUUGUAUGGGGAGGACACAGCUGCCAGGUCUACCCAUUGGGUUGUAUAGGGAAGACAUAGCUGCCAGGUCUACCCAUUGGGUUGUAUGGGGAGGAUACUGAGCUGCCAGGUCUACCCAUUAUAUUGUAUGGGGAAGACACAGCUGCCAGGUCUACCCAUUGGGUUGUAUGGAGAAGACAUAGCCGCCAGGUCUACCCUUUGUGUUGUAUGGGGAGGACACAACUGCCAGAUCUACCCACUGUAUUGAAUGGGGAGGAUGUUGGGCUGCCAGGUCUACCCAUUGUGUUGUAUGGGGAAGACAUAGCUGCCAGGUCUACCCGUUGGGAUGUGCGCAGCGCCAGAACCAUGCGGGCAACCAUCGAGAGCCGAUGAGGGCAGCGGGGCGGGGGGAGGGGGCGGAACGGGGCGGGGAAGGGGAUGGGCGACCCUCGGUGAUCCGUGGGGUUGCAGGGUGAGAGCAGAACCGCGCAGCACCGUUUGAUGCUCCAUAGCUCCGGGUUCUACAACAGCUCUGGGUUCCACACCUCACAGCCCCACAUCUGGGUUCCACACCCCCCCAUUCCACACUUACAGCCCCACAUCUCUGUGUUUCCCACCCCGCAGCCCCCAUCUCCAUGGGGCUUAAUGGACGCUGAGCCCCGGCCCGUUUCCAGCUGCCGUUCAUUAUUUCCCUUCCCCGAGCUCUCUGUUCCGUAGCCAAUCCCACACGUCCCCCAGCUGUGUAUAUAUCUCUAUGUAUUUAUAUAUGUAUAGGCACAUCCAGCCUCCUGCUGCUUUCCCAACCCAACGCUUCUGCUCCGUGCAUUGGGGGGGUCGGGAAGGG